AUGGCACCUGAUCUAAAGGCACUAUUCCAACGCGUUGCAGCCACAGCUGAUCCGACAUCUGUUACGCGAGCUGAAAGGAACCAGAUUUAUCGACUCCCCCCACCAGAUGAAGAAGACCGUUUGUGCAAAGAGAAGACCGGCUUUACCAUGGAUGAGCUCAAAAAGAAGGCCAUGGCCGAUCCAGAAACCUUAACAGAGGUUGAGACCUUUAUUAUUAUCUUGGGGGCCACCCAUGAUGUACAUAUUCCCGGCAGCGGCUCAAGCACGCUUUUAUGGAAAAUGGGCCUCGUCGAUGAUGAGCAUCAGCUUGCUAGACAGGUUCAUCAUCUUUUGUCUAAUGAAUAUGACAUUGAGGUACACCGCCGAGCACAAAAACGUGCCCGUGCUUUUGACGAUGUAAAAAAGGCGCGGAAGGCUCAAAAACGACAAGAAUUAGUCGCGGCUCAGGCGGCAAGAAUAAGAGCAUCCCGGCCUCAAUGGGUGAACCACAUGUUCGAUGCACAAUUGCCGCAAUGGGGGUUUGUUAUUUUCCGGACCGCAUACAGUGAGGGGACCGAUGAGAAAUGGAGAGUUUUUAACGGCAUCUUCGGCACAACUGUCAUACAAGUGUUUCAUAAACACUGGAGAAUAGCAGCCAGUUUAUCAUCAACCCAUGUUCCAAUCGCAGUUUCUGAUCCGUUACUUGAAGCAGCGGAUCUCGAGACUUUGCGGCAACGAUUCAAGGCCAUGCGAGAGCGAAACGAGAUUCCCAAUCGCAUAGCAACAGACUGCCUUUUGGUAGCAGAUCGGGCAGGACCCAGCGAACCAGACCCGUGGCAAAAUACAUUGUUUUUGAGAGCCGUCAAUCCAGACUACGACGCUUCCGCGCCAAACCCAUCCGACGAAGACUUAUCUGGCUAUGAGGGAGUGAUCACAAUCCCGCUUCCUAAAGCUGUAGAUUGGUUGUAUUAUUGUUUCUUUGCCAACAGCGAGGAUUGGGAGACUAGGUACAAAGUAGUCAAGGGAGGGGCGGCGGAACAGAUGGUGAGUACUGGUUCUAUUUGCUUUCUCAACUAA